CAUGGCGUCAAUGGUUGCUGUUUUGACCAGGGCCGUGGGAUUUGAAAAACAUUAUGUAGAACAGAACCAUGGAGAUAGCUAAACAAUAAUCCGAAAUCAACUUCAGAGCUCGAAAGUAAGCUGGGUGCCAGUAUUAUUUAUUUCCCGUUAGCUAGCUCAGCCGGACGACCGGGCACAGCGGCUAACGACAGUUAGCUCACGGAGGCAGCUAACAGCAAAGUCGGCUGAGUAGAGAGCAGAGAGUCCCCUGGAAGUCCGCGCGAAUCGUUUCUAUAACACAGGAAACACUUUUUGCUUUUAAUGAUUUUAGGUGGCCUGCCUCCCUGGUGAUCCUCAGCGUGGUGUUGACUCCACCAGGGACAACAGCAGCAGGACAGGAGGGAUGGAUGAGUCCAUAAGUCCAGUAAAAUCAGUCAAACAUCCCAGAGGAGCCAAAGCUUUAUCCAGCGAGAAGGCAAGUAAAGAGGCUCCUACGCAGAGAGAGGGUACCAAGUCUGUGCCCCGCAGCAAAGAAAACCUCACCAUUGCGAAGGAUGAACAUAAUAUAGGCAGCCAGGGCAGCCGGGGGCAAGGCAAGACUUCCACAGACACACCGCAGGACAGGAGGAGGGGACGGCCCUCCAGGCUGACAAGACUGACUGGAAGAACAAGUUCUGGGGAGAGAGGCAAAGGCAAAGUGGCAAGCUCACAACAGCAGCUGGCAGCACAGACUCCUGACUCCAGGGCUUCUCUUUCUACAGACAGCAGCCCCUCAGCAAGCAGAGAGACCAACUCUCCUGUAGUGCCUGGUACACCUGAGAAGGGCCUUGCAGCACAGGCCAAGAGCUCUUCUGUAACUCCAGCAAAGGAGAAGUCCCAUGGGGUGAAAGCUGCGGGACUAAUGCAUCAGUCCAUUGAAGAGGGCACAGAGGUGAGGCCCACUGUAGAGGAAGGACCCCUGUCAGAGCAACAGCUGGGCCUCCGACAGGCAGAGGAGCGCCUCUACAGAGAUUACAUCCACCGACUGUUGAAACAGUCCCCUGAGUACCCAAACUAUCAAUACUUAUGCAAGCUCUGUUCUGUGCACAUUGAGAACAUUCAAGGAGCACACAAACACAUCAAGGAGAAGAGACACAAGAAGAACAUAAUGGAAAAACAGGAGGAGAAUGAGCUGCGUGCCCUGCCACCCCCCACCGCUGCCCAGCUGAGGGCCGUGGAUGCGGCUGUCAUAGAAACAGCCAGGCAGCACGGGAUCUCAGAGGAGGACUUUGAAGUUCGGAAGGCCGUGGUCCUCAGGAUGGAGAAGAUCAUAAAGAGGAACCUCUCAGCUUGUUCUCUCCGUCUCUAUGGUUCAUGUCUUACCCGAUUUGCCUUCAAAACCAGUGAUAUCAACAUUGAUGUCACCUACCCUUCCUCAAUGACACAACCUGAGGUCUUGAUUCAAGUGCUGGAGAUCCUCAAGAACAGCUCUGAAUUUUCUGAGGUUGAGUCAGAUUUUCAUGCCAAAGUUCCUGCGGUUUUCUGUCGGGAUGUUAGCAGCGGCCUGAUGUGUAAAGUCAGUGCCGGUAAUGACGUCGCUUGUCUCACGACCAAUCACCUGGCAGCCCUGGCUAAACUGGAGCCCAGAUUAGUGCCCCUGGUGCUGGCCUUCCGCUACUGGGCAAGGCUGUGUCAUAUUGACUGCCAGGCUGAGGGUGGCAUCCCCUCGUACUCCUUCGCUCUCAUGGUUAUCUUCUUUCUGCAGCAGAGGAAGGAGCCCAUCCUCCCUGUCUACCUGGGCCGCUGGAUCGAAGGCUUUGAUGUGAAACGUGUGGAUGAGUAUCAUCUAACUGGAAUCACGUUGGAUAUGUUUGUCCGAUGGGAGCACAGACCUCCAAGCUCCACAGAGGGACGGGGGGAGAACCGAAAUGAGGCCAGAGGACAGAGCAGACCCAAACCCGAGCAGAAUAAACCUGAUGAUACUCAUUAUUCAGAGGGCUUGACCCCCUUAACCUUUGACCUGAGUAAAGAUGUGACGCUGGGCCAGUUGUGGUUAGAGCUCUUACGUUUCUACACACUGGAGUUUGCUCUUGAAGAAUAUAUCAUCAGCAUCCGCUUAAAGGUACUCCUCUCGAGAGAAGUUAAGAACUGGCCACGUCGUAGGCUCGCUAUUGAAGAUCCUUUUGCCUUGAAGAGGAAUGUUGCACGAAGCUUGAACAGCCAAAUGGUGUUUGAGUACAUCCAGGAGCGCUUCCGUACAGCUUACAGAUACUUUGCGUGCCCUCAGAGAAAGGGCUCUGGGGGCCACCAGAGAAGCAAGAAAGCAGGCAAGCAAGGUGCAAAACUGGAAGGGGUCGAGAACAAGGAGGCCGACUCUGUGAGCAAGGAAGACAACGACGGGAAAGGUGAAAAAAGUCCGAGCACUCAGAGGGCGCACCAGGGUUUGAAGGAGGACGAGGAGCCCGACAGCGAUGAUGAAGAUGGUUCAGAUCCGUCCAGAAAGAAGGAUGAGAGGACUUUAGAUGCCAGCCUCAUGGACAUGGUUAUCAAUGAGGGGAACAAACCUUCCUUCUCCCCCAACGGCCUGCUGGACAGUGACAAGGAGGGAGGGGUGGAAGACGAGGAGGAAAACAGUGUUUCAGAGAAGGCUGGGCCUUUUACAUCGGAGGAUCUGCACUAUGUGUUUGACAAGAUGAUUUUCACUGGUGGGAAGCCUCCAACUGUAGUGUGCAGCAUCUGCAAACGAGAUGGUCACCUGAAGGACGAGUGUCCUGAAGACUUCAAGAAGAUUGAACUAAAGCCUUUGCCUCCUAUGAACGACCGCUUCAGAGAUAUCCUCGAUGGGCUCUGCAGAUUGUGCUACUAUGAAUUGUCACCUUCACCUGUUGAGCAGCAGAAGAGGGAGCAGAUCCUCGGCAGCCUGGAGAGAUUUAUAAGGAAAGAGUACAAUGAUAAAGCCCAGCUCUGCUUGUUUGGUUCCUCCAAAAACGGUUUUGGCUUCCGUGACAGUGACCUUGACAUCUGCAUGACUCUGGAGGGCCAUGAUACUGCAGAGAAGCUGAACUGCAAAGAGAUCAUUGAAGGCCUUGCAAAAGUGCUAAAGAAGCAUACAGGUUUGAGGAACAUCUUGCCUAUUACAACAGCUAAAGUGCCUAUUGUGAAGUUUGAACACAGACAGAGUGGUUUGGAGGGAGACAUUAGCCUUUAUAACACCCUGGCUCAACACAACACCAGAAUGCUGGCUACAUAUGCAGCCCUGGAUCCACGUGUGCAGUUCCUGGGAUACACAAUGAAGGUCUUUGCAAAGCGCUGCGACAUUGGGGAUGCAUCCAGAGGAAGCCUCUCAUCUUAUGCGUACAUCCUGAUGGUGCUUUACUUCCUGCAGCAGAGGCAGCCGCCGGUCAUUCCUGUCCUGCAGGAGAUCUUUGAUGGGAAGACUGUUCCACAGCGAAUGGUCGAUGGCUGGAAUGCUUUCUUUUUUGAUGACCUUGAAGAUCUGCGUCGGCGUCUCUCUGCGCUGCAGCCGAACACAGAGACCGUUGGAGAGCUUUGGCUGGGCCUCCUGCGCUUUUACACUGAAGAGUUUGACUUCAAAGAGCACGUCAUCAGCAUCCGCCAAAGAAAACGCCUCACCACCUUUGAGAAACAGUGGACCAGCAAAUGCAUCGCUAUUGAAGAUCCCUUUGAUUUGAAUCAUAAUCUUGGUGCUGGAGUUUCUCGCAAAAUGACAAACUUCAUCAUGAAGGCUUUUAUAAAUGGUAGGAAGUUGUUUGGAACUCCAUUCUACCCCGUCCCCGGCACUGAAGUGGACUACUUCUUUGACUCAAAGGUGCUGACAGACGGCGAGUUGGCGCCCAAUGACAGGUGUUGCAGGAUCUGUGGAAAGAUUGGACAUUACAUGAAGGACUGUCCAAAGAGACGCAGGAUGAAGAAGAAGGAAAAUGACAAAGAUGAGGACAUAAAAGAGGAGGAGCGAGAACCAAAGGACAGACGUUGUUUCCAGUGCGGGGACAUGGGUCACGUGCGAAGGGACUGUCCUGAAUACCGCCACCUCAAACAGAGGACCGCCGGAGCACCAGCUCCUCACAUGGUACGAACUAUGGUGAGCUCCCAGUCCAUCCCCAUUCCUCAGGCAGCUGCAGACUGUCCUGGAAGAACCAGACAGCCCUCUGAAUGUUCGGACAGUCGACAGACUCCGCCCUACUCCCCACAGCCCACCGCUAUGCCUCAGAGUUCCUCCCAGUCCUCCAGCUCCCCCCAGCCCUCCCACAGUAAGACCAGUUCUGCAGGUCCCUCGAAGCAGCCUGCUCACCCCCAGGUCCCCCUGUCCCUCUUCAGCUUCCCUACCUCCCUCCCAGGCCAGUACCAUCCAGGGACGCUCACUGCACUGGGGCAUCUUCCCUCCCACCAGUCCCAGGGGCAGCCUCAUCACCCAGUCCACAUCCCUUCCACCUCUUGGCCCAUCCACGGACCGGUCCUCACUACGUCCUCUCCCACCGCCCCCUCCCCACCCGGCCUGAAAUUCGCCCUGCGUUCUGCGUCAGGGAAUGGGAGUCCCACAGGCUCAGGGGGCAACUCCAGCCCCAUGAACCUGAACGACCCCAGCAUCAUCUUCGCCCAGCCGGCGGGGAGACAGCUGGGCAUUGGUGGGCCAGGACGGGAAGGACACUGGCACAACCACUUGGCACAACCAGGGUCACUCAUGGGCAAUGGCACUGUAAUCAAGUCAGAGUCAGGCCACCCGGCCCAGUUUGUUGGUGUGAGCCAAGGCUCUCGGUUAUGGGAGCACAAUAAAACACCCCAGUACACCCUGUCUCCAUCCUGGGCAUACCGGAUGCCCCAGAGCUUCCUCCAGCAGGGCAACGGAGGCUACCAGCCCGGCAAACCCUUCAUGGCCCAAGGUUCCAUGGUAAAUCCGAAUCCAAACUUCCCACUGGUCCCCCAUGUCCGACAUCAAGUCAAUCUGAAUUUCAUCCAACAGAAGAAGUGAACUUGUAUCUCCUUUUAAUUAGAUUUAUGGUCAGUAACAUAACAAAAGCAGAAUUAUGUACUCUUUGCAUCAUUUGAUCGCAGGAAUUUUUAAAAUGAAUUUUAUCAUUUUUGUACAGUUUUUAUGUUUUAUUUUUUGUCUCAUUACAUUGAUUUGUGAUACAAAUGUCAAAUAUUUUAAUACCCCCAUUUUUGAGGGGGUCCAAAAAGUGUUUUUAUUUUAUGUGUAAAGUAAGGAGGAAAAAUGUAAACCUUUAUUUUUAUUAGCUGUAUUCAUACUUUGCUUGCAACAAAAUGAAGGCUUUGAAUAGACGUUUGUUUUAAAAACAAUCUAACAUGUCACCCUAGGUAUGUAGUGCCAAAAGCAGGGAUAGCAAGAAAAAAAGGGAAAAAAUCUUAAAUAUAAAAAAGCUACAAAAAAAAAUAAAGAAAAAAGCAAACAAGUUCGUUGUGUCAUGUGGGUUAAUUAGAGGGGUCAACAAAACACAGGCCGCUCUUAGUUUUGAAACCAAUCGUCCUCAUUGUUUAUUCUGACCAUGACCAUUCCACAACCUUAGCCGUUUGUAUAUGGUCUUCUGCUUGGUGGACUUAUUGGACAGAAGCAAACUAGGGAGUGAGAAGGCUUUUUUGGCUUUUGAUCUGAACAAGUAGUUUUUAUUCAGAAGAAUGGCAGCCAUCUUGGAGUUAGGAUAUAGUAGCAUUAGAUUUUAAAAAUGAGGACACUUGUGUCUGUUCCCAGGCCACUGUCAGUCAAAUCUGAUCAGUCCUCACCCAGGUUUUCAGAAUUAAUUUUUCAGGUGACUUUGCUUGUCACCAUUUCUGUAGCCAUGGUCACUAUUUUCAUGGAUGUUGCUGGAUAGCUCUGUAAGAAGAUCACAUUCUUUAUCCCACCUGCUCAUCUCUGACUGAUUCUUCAACUUGCAGAAACGUUC